AUGGCAAAAUCAUCUAUAAAAAAGGAAAAUAAAAACACUAAUGAAGAAAAGAGAGUUCACAAGAUACCUGCAAAAAAGGGGGGAGUUUCUAAGCCAGGAGUUUCUAAAGAACAAACAAAAUCGACAAUAAAAAGUAUAAAAAAAGAAUUAGAGAAAAAGAAGAAAAACGAGGAUUAUUCGGUUAUGAAAGAACCUCGCAAAAAUUAUUCAAGUUCUAGUUUAGGUGGCUUAGAAAAAAAAUCUAAAAUAGCAUCUGAAGCACCUUCUAAACUAAGAUCAGAAGAGCUACACCUUAAGAAAUUCAAGGAAAAGAAAAACUCAUCUGAAAGUAGUUCAGAAAACUUAUCAGAAAGCUCAUCGAAAAGUUCAUCAAAAGAAAGCUUAGUUAAAGUUCCAAGCUCUAGAAAUUCUUCGGAAGACUCAGAUUCUGAAGAUUCUUCUGAAAGCUCAAGCUCGGAGAAUUUAUCAGAAAAUCUUAAAUUGUCUGGAAAUAUAUUGAAAAAAACAGAUAUUUCUGGUUCAUCAAAUGAUUCAAGCUCAUCUGAUAGUUCUAACUCUUCUAAUGAAUCAUGUCUUUCGGAUGAAUCGAGUUCCGAUGAUUCCAGUUCUGAUUUGGAUUCCAAUUCCGAUUCAAAUUCAAGUUCUGAUGAUUCUAAUUCUGAAAAUUCUUUAAAAAGUUCUACCUCUAUUGAUUCUACCGUCAAAAAAAUGCAAGAAACCAAAGAAAAGGUUAAUUCUGGAGUAGGACCGAAAAAAAGAAAGACUGAAACAAAAGUUGAGAAUCUUACUAAAAAAUCCGGUCAAAAUCCUAUAGAAAAUAAAACAGAAAGGAUAAAUAUUCAGAAAUAUAAUGAGAAUCAGGAUGAUGAACUGAGUGAUGUCGAAAAAUUAAAUAGCAAUGAAUCAUAUAACAAUAGACUUAUUGAUAAUAAAAAAAUGAAAGAUGAUGAAGACUCAAGUGAUAGUGAUUCAGAUAGUCAUAGUACCUCGAACAAUAAUGAUGAUUCAGAUGAUAAUAAAAAUUCAACUAGCACAGAUGGUUUUCAUACUAUUAAUGACUCUAAUAAUAAUUCUGCUGGCGACUCAGAUGAUUCUACUAGUAGUUCUACUAGUAGUUCUAGCGGUGAUUCUAGCGAUUUAACUAGUAACUCUUCUGGUGAUUCUGCUAAUAAUGUUGUUACUGAUUCUACGAGUGAUUCUGAAACUCAGUCAGAUACCAAUAAAAAUGCUAAGCAUUCUACAAAAAAUACAUUUUCUAAAAAAAAAAAUAAAGAAACUAAAAUACCUUUAGAAAAUGUUUCUAAAAAUAAAAAUAUUAACGAUAAUUUUUCAAAAAGUAAAAAUAUUUCCAAAAAAAACAAGCACGUUUCUAAAACUGAAAACUUUGAUAAUAUUGAUGAUAAAUUGGAGAAAGAAAUUAGUGAUUUUAGUCCACAUGAUUCUGCUAAGAAAUUAUCUGAUAAUAAAAAUAUUAAACAUAAAGAUAAUAAAAAUACAUCAAAGAAAAGAAAAGAUGCGCCUAUAGAGAUAGACAAAAAAGAAACUAAAAAAAACAAAACAAAUACUGGGCAAGAUGCUGAGGGAUCUAAAACUAUUUUUGUAGGUGGUCUUAGUUGGAACGUAGAUGAUAAUUGGCUUGCUAAAGAAUUUGAGAGUGUUGGUACUGUUCUCAGCUCUAGAGUUAUUACUAAUAAAAAUUCUGGGAAGUCAAAAGGAUUUGGAUAUGUCGAGUUUUCUACACCUGAAGAAGCACAAGCUGCUCUUACAUAUUCAGGAAAAGAAAUAGAUGGGCGCGUUAUUAAUGUCGAUAUAAGCACCGGAUUAUCCGCUAAUCUUAAAAAUAAUGCUAGUACUCGUGCAAAUAAAUAUGGAGAUAUUCGAAGUCCAAAAUCUGAUACUCUUUUUAUUGGUAAUUUGUCAUUUAAAGCUAAUGAAGAAGCUGUAAGAACUGCAUUUUCAAGAAUAGGUGGAAUUGUAGAAAUUAGACUGCCUACUAAUCGUAAAACAGGCCAAUUAAAAGGCUUUGGUUAUAUUCAAUUUUCUAGUAUAGAAGAUGCAGAAAAAGCUAUUGAAAUGAAUGGUCAUUUUAUUUCUGGGCGUCCUAUUCGUCUCGAUUUUUCUACUAAAAAAAAUAAUAAUACUGCACAUGCUACUUUUAAUAAUUCAUUAAAUAAUUAUAAAAAAAAGGACCAUAAAGCACCUCAGAGAGCUAAUUUUGGAGGGAAAACUAAUUCUACUAAUCGUAGUGGAUUUAAUGAAUUUUCUGGUAAAAAAACUAAAUUUUAAGAAAACAGUUAAAUUAUUUAAAUACAAUAAGUUUUUCUAUUCUAUAUUUUUAU